AUGACCCAGGAGCAGCAGCUCAAUAGAGCCGUCUGGACAGCCUGGUGGAGGAUCAAGAAAGCAGGUUUCCUACGACCAGUUGAAUUUUCAGAAACUGAAUACCCACGAAUCGAAUAUCAAAGAAGACAACAACAAUUUUGGGACCCUAUCCGACUAGGUCUGUUCACAUUGGCAAUUGUUGCAAUCAUAGGAAUCACAAUUGGCAUCGUUACUCAUUUUGUUGUUGAAGAUGACAAGUCAUUUUAUUACCUCGCCUCUUUUCAAGUCACAAACAUCAAAUACAAAGAAAAUUAUGGAAUCAGAUCAUCAAGAGAUUUUAUAGAAAGAAGUCAUCAGAUCGAGAGAAUGAUGUCUAGGAUAUUUCGACGUUCUUCUGGAGUGGGUCGAUUUAUCAAGUCCCAUGUUAUCAAGAUAAGUCCAGAUGAACAAGGUGUGGCCAUUCUUAUAGUGCUCAUGUUUCGGUACCCAUCUACUGACAGUGCCGAGCGAAUCAAGAAAAAAAUUGAAAGGACUUUAUAUCAAAGUCUGAAGAUCAAACAGUUGCCUCUGACUAUUAAUAGACCAUCAUUCAGCCUCACACCCAUUGACAGCAAAAAGAUGAGAAAUCUUCUCAACAGUCGAUGUGGGAUAAGAAUGUCAUCUUCAAACAUCCCAUUACCAGCAUCCUCUACUACUGAACGAAUUGUCCAAGGAAGGGAGACAGCUAUGGAAGGGGAGUGGCCGUGGCAGGCUAGCCUACAGCUCAUAGGGGCUGGCCAUCAGUGUGGAGCCACACUCAUAAGCAACACAUGGCUGCUCACAGCUGCUCAUUGCUUCUGGAAAAACAGAGACCCAAGUAAAUGGAUUGCCACCUUUGGUACAACUAUAACACCGCCUUUAGUCAAACGAAGUCUUGGGAAGAUUAUCAUCCAUGAAGAGUACCACAGAGAUAGCAAUGAAAAUGACAUUGCUCUAGCUCAGCUAACCACCCGUGUCGAGUUUUCAAAUGUGGUUCAGAGAGUCUGCCUCCCAGAUCCGUCUAUGAAACUGCCACCAAAAACAAGUGUUUUUGUCACAGGAUUUGGGUCUAUUGUAGAUGAUGGGCCUACACAAAAUAAACUCCGGCAGGCCAGGGUGGAAACCAUAGGCUCUGAUGUGUGCAACAGAAAGGAUGUCUAUGAUGGCCUGAUAACUCCAGGGAUGCUGUGCGCUGGAUUCAUGGAAGGAAAAAUAGAUGCAUGUAAGGGUGAUUCUGGUGGACCUUUGGUUUAUGACAAUCAUGACAUCUGGUACAUUGUGGGCAUAGUAAGUUGGGGACAAUCUUGUGCUCUUCCAAAUAAACCUGGAGUCUACACAAGGGUGACUAAAUAUCGAGACUGGAUAACCUCCAAGACCGGCCUCUAA